AUGAUCACAACCCUUGCCAGACUCAACGAAGACCAACAGGUUUAUGAUUCCAUCAGGAGCUUUUUUGUUAAUUUUCCUUCAAAUGAUGAGAUCGCUCAUGAUACAGAUAUCUUUGAACCUGUCGACUACUGUAUCAACGCCAGUCAUGGUGCCAUGAUACCAUUCGUGGCUACUGAGAUGUUGAUCCUCAUGACCUGGUUGAAGAUCAAGCUUGUUCUGGACUUGAGACGCGUGGAGGCAGCAAUGACGCAACUACUCGCCCUCCAAAUACCAUCGGAAAAUCGUCUACCUUAUUACUCGUCAUGUGCUUCAAAGCUCAGCCCCUCGUCGUUAUCCAGCCCUGUUGAAUGGCACAGACUCCCCCGCUAUGAUAUUCAGGCUUUUGAGUCUAAUUGA